GAGUAUCGAAAUCAAUGACUUUCAAUCAUCUUCAUCCACAAAUCGAGAUACAAAACGAUAAACCGUAUUCAAUAACGAUCAAAUCUUAUAUCAAAGUGUCUCACAAUGUUGAACAAUUCAUUUUCUCGAAAGAAACGACAAGGGGAACCCUCUGGCGACAGGAAGCCUUCAAGUCACAGUCCAAAUAGAUCAGUAGAUGGCACUGUCAAAAUCAAAGACAAUUCGAGGGAAUUCGAUGCCCACAAGAAAUUCGCACCUAUUGUCAAUUCUCUGAAAAAUUCUCAAACUUCUCUAAAACAUAAAUAUAACGAUAAAGCAGCAGGCAUUAAGAACAGUGAAGAUAAGGUUCACGAGGCCAUCGAAAAUCUGCAGAUGGCGUUGGAAACUUAUGCAAAUAAGCUUAUCGCUAUACGUGAAUUAACGAAAGAAAAAGAGGAUUAUAUAGGCCAGUUAGACUCAGUGAAAGAGAAGUGUGGACGUAAAAUGGAGAGUAAUGUUGACCCAGAAGAAGCCUGGAAGUACUGGCUAAGUCAUGAUGUCAAAAACGAGAAGACGAAACAGGAAAAUAAUAGACGGUCUUUGGAAAACGAACUACACGCACGUGUAAGGUACUCUACUAAGAAAAAAUGUUAUAAAGGGGACUGGUUUAAGUUUUCUGAUGAGGAUGAGUACUUUUUGGAAAAGUACAACACUAAAGGAUUCAAACCAGAAGAUGUGAUUCAGGGGGAGAACGGGCUCAAGAGACAACUGGAAGACUCGUUUAAGAAGAUUAAGUGGUAUGAUAAUCCCAAAGAGGAUUCCGAUUGGAUCUACAGAGACAGGUGCAUUGACUUAAGUAAGCAAGAGCUGGGAGGAUGGAAAGAAGAGUGACUGGUAGAGAUAUUCCACAUAACGCGCGUUAGGAAUACCAGACGAGAGUAUUUUAGAUUAAUUUCAUGUCACUUUCA